AGCUUGAAGACACUGUCAACUUUAAGUGCUUUCAUUGGAAGUUUUUCCUUAGCUGCCUGUCGGCUUGUUAGCUACUUAACGCUAGCUAACUACACGUCAACAGCUGCGAUAGAUUCACGUUAAGUCAAAUUAGUGGGCAGCUCAGGGCUAACGGACUAGCGGGUAAAGCUAGGGGACGGUUUGGUUGAUGCAUACUUAUCACUUUUAUUAUGUUGCAAUCUCAAUAAAUGAAAUGAAUUAGCUGCAUUAUAUAUUUGGUCUGGCAAGUAUUUUUUUUAAUCACUUUUGAACAGCCUUGCAGCAAGUCACGUGACUGCACUUCAACAGGUAUGUCUGAAGUUAGUCUUGAGGCAGAGUCGGGGAAGACCUCAUCCGAGGAGCCUCAGAUGGAUUGUGAGGAGGAUGGCAAAGCAGAGGAGAGUUUGAGCAAGGAGUUAAAGCAGGAGAGCGUAGACAGCAGCAGUGUCAGGGAGGAAGAUGUGAUGUACGACAUUGACAUUAACAGUGAUGAAGAGAAUGCAGAAAGCAGUAACAGGAAGGGACAGAAGCCGCAUGAUGAGGGCAUUCAGAGCGAGACUUUGGCGUCUGGUCGUGUAGCCGAUAGGGGACACGAGACGAAACGCAGCGUUGAAACGGCUGAAACACCACAGGAAAGCGGAGAUACUCACACUGAAACAAAGGAGAGCACAAUGGCCGAGGAGUCCCACAGAAGCACAGCGGCGGAGAUCCCCGUCACCAGCAAUGGAGAACUAGAGCAGAGCCCCGAGUCUGUAUUCAGCAGGGACUCUUAUCCCAGUGGCCCAGGGGCCAUAAACCUUUCAGAGACUUGUGUCACAUCAAGCAACUUUGCCUCAACCACGGAGGGCAUCAUUGAAUCAGGACCAUACAAAGGGUCAGCAAGCCUGCCCACAUCUCCCGUGUCACCUGUAGCUCCCAGCUCGGCUGUUGCCAGCCGCCUGGCGCGCUCUUCCAGCGAUAGUCAGGCUGAGAAAGGCUCGAUGACAGCACAGCCAAAGAGCGGAGCGGUGGUGCUUUCAGAAGACUUAAAAAAUCCAGCGAUGGAAAAACUGGACUUAGUGAGGAAGUGGAGCAUCAACACAUAUAAAUGUACCAGGCAGAUCCUGUCAGAAAAGCUGGGCCGAGGCUCGCGGACCGUGGACCUGGAGCUAGAGGCCCAAAUCGAAGUCCUCCGUGACAACAAGAGAAAGUACCAGCAUGUGAUCAAGCUGGCUCAGAUGCUGGCCAGUCAGCUCUCCCAGAUCAUGCAGACACAGAGGCAGCUGGGAGAUGCCUUCGCCGACCUCAGCCUCAAGACACCGGAACUCCACGGUUGAGUAUGAUGCAUACCGUACAGAUCUGGAGGAGCUGAAUCUGGGGCCGCGUGACGCCAACACCGUGCCGAAGAUCGAGGUGUCUCAGCAGCAGUUCCAGACCCACCGCGAGAAAUACGAGAGGAUGCGAAACGACGUCUCCGUUAAGCUGAAGUUCCUGGAGGAGAACAAGGUGAAAGUUCUGCAUAAUCAGCUCAUCCUGUUCCACAAUGCCAUCGCUGCAUACUAUGCUGGAAAUCAACAGCAGCUGGAACAGACACUCAAGCAGUUCCACAUCAAGUUGAAAAUGCCAGGCGAGGACAGUCCAUCUUGGCUGGAAGAGCACUAAUCAUUCCUUUUCGGCUCCAUUUGACAGGACAUGUCAAAUUUACAGAGAAACUACAGGAGCUUUCUUCCCUCUUUAAUGCUAUUCUCGCUGCUUUUCGAACUUUGAGAACUGUAAAUGAAAAUAAUGCAAAAACGGAAAAAAAAACCUCCCACAUUCCAUUUGUCUUUGUUAAAUCGUUUUCCUUCUUCUUGGUUAUUUCACAUCAUUGAAACACGCACUUUUGCACUGUUUGACAGAUGUGUCAAACAGAUGUUGCUGCAGUAAACGCGUUUGGAAACUCUACAUGGCCUUUUGUAUUCCAGCGUAUGAUUGUUGUAUCCCAGCACAGUGGACAUGUUGGCUUUGUAAAGUGGGGCAGCUAUGGGAUCAAAACAACUGCCGUUUUACUCACAUUCUUUAUACUGCUCUUAUCAGACGAUGAAUGCUUUGCAAAAGAUAAGCAGGAAGCUUCUUUUUUUUUUUUUUUUUUUUUUUUUUUUUUAAAUGCAAAUCCUUUAAUGAAUUGAUCAAUUUUACCCACAAACUCUGAUUAAAGUGGUAGUUUGAUAUUUUGGGAAUUUGCUUUCUUGCCGAGGCUCAUGUAAGAUCUGCUCUGUCCUCUCAGUUUAAAGCCAGCAGCCGGUUAGCUUAGGAUAAAAACUAGACACGAGGGUAGCUUUACUCUUUCCACCGGUUAGAAAGGAACCUGCCUCCUAAUACCUCUAAAGUUCAUGAAUACAAAAAGCCAAAGUGUAUGAAAUCAAGGUGUGCUUGUGCAGAGGUAAAACCAGGCAGCCAUGUUUCUGAUUGUGAAUUUUAUGCUAAGCUACUGUAACUGACUUCUUCCUCUGGAUGAGCUAGAUGGCUGUCCAUCCCCACAUUUGUGCAAAAACCAAAGUUUUCCCAAAUGUUUAAAACACUCCGUGCAAAGAGAUGGCAGUUCAGAUGACCUUUACACAAUCCCUCUGUUUUUAGGACUUCUGGGGGUUUUAUUGUUGUUGUUUUGUCUACAUUCAGGGCUCGCAGUUGAAUGGGUAAAAGUGUUGAUAAAAUGAAGGAUCAGCCUUAUGUCAAUAGAUGUGCCUUGAUUUCUUGAAUUGGUUCUCCUCAAAUCCAUGCUGUCUGGUCUCCUUGUUAAAAGCAGGUGCGCUCGCUACCAGUGUUCAGAGAAUGGAGCAAACGAGCACCUUCCACCCUCGGAGAUGGAUCCUGUACAAUUUUACACGUUUAAACGCAGCACAAAUAAAAGGAAAACUCCAGUACCUUAGUGAAGACGUGCUGUUCUCAAACAUACUUAUCCAUAUUGCACACGUGCACAUUUCUGAAAUUGAGAUCAAAAACUUGUUAGAAGUGUGUGACAUGUACGUUUUAAACCAAAAUGCAAUUAACUUGAGAGAUAUUGUCUUUUGUAAAUUUAAACACCAGCAUUCUUUUGCAUAGGCUGCGUACGGUUUCCUUCGAUGGGCUGUGCGAAAGUAUGAUUAUUCCAAAGGGGACGCUCUGUCUGCUAGUGUGGUCCUCACUUUGUGGAUUUGUACUUCUCCUGUGGCUCGCUAUAGCAGUGUGAGAGCGUGAAUCUUGUACAACAAUCUGUUCCUUAAAAUAGAUGGCUAUAUAUUUUUAAUCUCUAUUUGAUUUUUAGUAUGACAAAAAUGCUGCCCUUUGGCGUUGUUUUCCUAAAGACCUGCAUAAUGGUGUGCUACUGUGGUAGCACCGUGUCACAGUGGGCAUCUACCUUUGUAAUAAUGAAACAUUAACAAAUGUUGAGUUAAAAGGAUUCUGAAUGUUGUGUAACCUUUUUGGGGGGGAAAUAAAACAUUUU